AUGGUGAGGUAUUUUGAUGACCUGUUCUCUUCGAAUGGCCUUGUGGAGGUCAAGAAUGUGAUUGAAAAGAUCGACUCUGCUGUUUCGGUGGGCCAAUUCCAUGAGCUUGCUGCCCCUUUUGAUGAUGAGGAAGUCCGUGAAGCGCUUUUUCAAAUGCAUCCCACAAGAGCCCUAGGACCCGAUGAUGAUAGUCUGCUGUUUGUGCGGGUAAAUGAGGAGGAAACUGACAAAGUUCUGGAGAUUAUGUCGACCUAUGAGUUAUCUUCUAGGCAGAAAUUGAAUAUGGAAAAAUCAGAGGUGUCUUUCCGCCGAAACAUUGAUCAUGAGAAGAAAAAUACUCUUCAAAUGAAGUUAUCUUUUAAGCCUGUCGAAGGACAUGAUAAAUAUUUAGGCCUUCUAACUUACAUUGGAGGUUCUAAAAAACAGGUUUUUCAGAGUAUUCAAGAUAGAGUUUGGAAAAGACUCAAGGGUUGGAAAGAGAACUACUUAUCUCAGGCGGGGCGAGAGAUUCUCAUCAAAUUUGUUGCCCAAGCGAUCCCUCUUUAUGCUAUGCAAUGUUUUUCUAUCCCUAUGAGCAUCCUUAAUGAGGUAGAAAAAGUGUGUAGAAAUUUUUUUUGGGGGAAAAAAGGUGAAGAUCGGAAGACUUGUUGGGUGGCUUGGAACAAGAUGUAUCAGUCAAAAAUUAACGGGGGUAUGGGCUUUCGAAAUAUGCAGCUUUUUAACAAAGCUAUGUUGGCAAAACAAGCAAGGAGAAUAUUAACUAAUGAGCAAUCCUUGAUGUCCCGGGUUCUCAAAGGUAAAUAUUUUCCGACCUCGAAUUUUUUUGGGGCAAAAGUUGUCUUGAGAAUGAGCUUUACGUACUUGGAGAUCAAUUUUUAG